GAGCGGAGGGGGUUUCAUCUGCUCUUCACAAGUCCUUGCUUCUUCAUCUGUCAGAGAAAAUACCGUCUAAUGAAAACAAGUGUCUGUUCUGGUGGGGGGAUUAACCAUCCGAUACCGAUCAGCUCUGUCUGCGUGAAAUAGGGAAUGAACGACGAGACAGGAUCGGACAGCUGGAAGAGAAACUCCGGGUGCUCCAGUAUUGAGCAAAUGCUGGCUGUGAAUCCCGGAAAGACGCCCAUCAGUCUGCUGCAGGAGUAUGGAACGCGGAUAGGCAAAACCCCAGUGUAUGACCUGCUGAAGGCCGAGGGACAGGCCCACCAGCCCAACUUCACGUUCCGCGUCUCCGUUGGAGAGAUCAGCUGCACCGGCCAAGGGCCAAGCAAGAAGGCAGCCAAGCACAAAGCAGCCGAGGCUGCUCUGAAGAUGCUCAAGGGAGGUCUCGGAGGUCCCGCCGGAGUUGGUGUUGGAGUAGACGGGUUUAUUGGGGUUGAUGUGUCUACUGAUGGAGACAGCUCCCAGUCAGAGAUGAAGACCUCAGGCAGUUCUCAGCAGUCUGAAUGUAACCCUGUAGGAGCUCUGCAGGAAUUGGUGGUACAGAAAGGAUGGCGUUUGCCAGAGUACACAGUCACCCAGGAGUCUGGUCCAGCACAUCGCAAAGAGUUCACCAUGACCUGCAGAGUCGAGAGAUUUGUGGAAAUUGGAAGUGGGACAUCCAAGAAACUAGCAAAGAGAAACGCAGCAGCUAAGAUGUUAUCACGUAUACACGACGUCCCAGUCGACCUCAGGACCAGCAACGAUGCUGACGCCGAAGAAGACACAUUCAACAUGCACAUGGGGAGCAGAGCUGAGACGGGCAAAAGUAAAGGCUUCAGCUGCACGUGGGACUCUCUACGUAACUCCGCUGGAGAGAAGAUCCUCCAGCUCCGCAGCCACCCUCUGGGCAUGCCCACUGACUCCAACUUCUGCUCUUUGCUGAGUGACCUGUCUGUGGAGCAGCGCUUUGAUGUCAGUUACCUGGAUCUAGAGGAGCGCAGUCUGAGCGGCCUGUGCCAGUGUCUAGUGGAGCUGUCCACACAGCCAAUCACAGUGUGCCACGGCUUUGCUCCGAGCAUCGACGCCGCUCGAGCCAAUGCAGCCCACAAUGCACUUCAGUACCUCAAAAUCAUGGCCGGGGGGAAGUGAUGCCAUCCUCCUCCUCAUAGACUCGAACUCGCCACAACAAAAUGCCAGGAUCAAUUUUCUCUUUGGACAACGGAGGCACUUUUGUGAUGAGUUCAAAUAACGUGAAUUACCUCAAAUUUGGAAAUGGAGACUCUUUCUGUCCCCAAAUUAAUCCCGGAGCCUUUUAUUAUUUUUGUCACAUCGAUCUCUUAUUUUGCCAAUGAAGAUUUUGUUGCCCAAAAACUCCUUUAUCACCCUCAUGGACAUUUUUUAAAAUCCAUUUUUUUUUUAGAAAAUUCCAUUUGCUCAGCACCCAUAUGCAGCACUGUAUAUCCUUAAAAUCUACAGUUUAAAAUGUUGUAUCUCAAAUAGUGUAUGGUGCUCUUCUUGCAGCGAGUUCCCAAAUAAUUGCAGACAAAUUGUGAUGCAACAAAAAGCCAAAGGGGUUUGUUGAAAUUGGGCUAUGGAAGUGCCAGAUAUUGGUGCUUCAUUGAAUCCCCAUCGCAUGGAUGGACGGAAGAAAAGAUUACCAGCCAUGUGCCGAAAGG